AAUAUUCGUAAGUGAAAUGAAUCUCUAGCUUUCUCUUUUCAUGCUACCUUUAUCAGGUUUUAGUAUCAGUAUUCUCCUUGCUUAAUAAAUAGAAUUUGAUAGUUUUCCUUCUUCUUAUUCUCUGGAACAGUUUGAGAAACAUCAGGAUUAUUGGACAUUGCCUGUGAAAACUUCAGGACCUGGUACUCUUUUCUUUUUUGGUGGUAGUGGUGGUGAGAAAGCUCUUUUACAACUUUCUCUAUUUCUCCUAUGAAAAUUAGUCUAUUAGAUGUUUUCUAUUUGGGUCACUUUGGUAAAUUAUUUUUUCCUAGAAAAUGACUCAUAAAAUCCCAGUAUUUAAGUGUUGACAACUAAUUCAAAAAUUUUUGAAAACUCUGUCAAAACUUGCCAGCAGGCUAGAUAUGGCCUGUAGACUACCAUUUUGCAACUCCUGAUUAUAGUCAGAGGAUUUUAGACCUGAAAGAGGCCAUAUAGAUCCUGUACCAGGGGUUGCAAAUAGGUAACAUGCUCACAGGUAACAUGGUUGUGUGAGGUGAGGACUUUGGUGAAUUGAAGAGCCCAUUCCCCAACUAAAGAUAAAGAAGUUAAGUUUUCACAAUAUUUUAACCAAAACACCAUGUGGGUCAAAUAAAGCAGUCUGCAAACUCAGUUUGGCCCAUGGGUGGCUGGUUCGUGGCCUCUGCCAGUUUAACCCCACUUCCUGCCAUACCUCCUAGGUGUCUCACUUUCCAGCCACAUUUUAUGCUCCCUGAACAAGCCCUGCCCUUUCCUCAUGUAUCUUUAUAGCUUUAUUCUAGUGAGACGACCACAGCUGGCGACAGAUGAAGUUGGGAGUGUCUACUUUUGAGGUUCCAUCAGGUUUUUGGUUCUACCUACCGGCAUCCUCUAAUGCCCCUCAUUAGCCUGGUCCUCUCCAUGUCACUUGGAUCCUGAGGCAACUCAGGGGCAACUUAGGGGACUGGUGGGACACCCCCCUGUCCAUAUCUACCUCCUACUGUCUCUUUGGCUUUCCCCAUGUCCAGUAGUCAUUUCUCUCUGAAACCCUCUAAACAUUUGUAGUAGGGGAUCUUCUUAUAUUUUCUUCCUCAAGUCUAGGUCUGGGGUUGGGGAGGCAACCACACUGCUUCUCUCUCUUUCUCUCUUUUUCUGAAACGUUUUCUUCCUGUUUCUUCCUGAGUUCUUUACAUCUUUUCUCCAGGUAAGGGGGGAAAAACCAGUUCUAUCUCUUCUCACCUCUGUAAGUGAUUAGUGUCUCAUCCCAGGACUGGUGGCCUUUGAGUUUAGCAAUUUAGAGCCUGAAUAUUUCUUCCCAGCUGUCCAGCUGUCCUCACUGUAUUCAGUACCCUUCCUUGGCUGUCAGUCUCGGGGGGCUUAGCUGGAUAAGAAUGGCACAUCAGGCGGUAACUUGAAAUCACAGUUUUUCACUGAGGAUUCUAGUACAAGAGCAAGAUGGGAUUUUCAGCUGCCAUCUUUGAUCUAGUAGAAAAAAGUACUUUAUAACCGAUAUGCUUCACUUUUGGAAGGACCUCAGAGUCCUUGAGUUCCAGUCACCAAAUAUCUUUUAACACUUGGCACCCCGUUUGGUUGAGGACUUCCAGUUUGCUGAGUGUUCCUGAUUUGCUGGUUUAACAAGGUUUAUAGGAUAGUGCCAGGCACCUACACUCCAGGCUCAUCUCCAAUUUCGAAGCCUCAGAGUGGUCCCCAGGCUGAGGUUUUGGAUGUCCUCACGCCAAGCCCAGAAGCCUCCUACUUUCUUUAAGCUGGCCCUGUGACUCUGGCAGUCAUUUAGCUACUUUGAGCCUUAGCCGCGUGCAGGGAGUGGGUGUGAAGUCCCUCACCUUAUAAUAGUUGUGAGGAUUAACUAAGAUAAUACCUCUGAGCGUGCACUAAACGUUAGAUUCCCAGAUUCCAGUUACUUCCCACUGCCCUCUCUUCCUUCCAGACUCUUCCAGUGUGACAUAAGGAGGUUCUGAGAAUAGAUUUGUUAGAACGAGGCUUCCAUCCACUGUUGGUUGGGGAUAAGGAAUGGAGAGGAGCUCUUACCUUGCCACUGAGGGAAACUUUGUUUCUAGUAUAACUGGAUUCUUGGGAAAAGACUUGUGGUCCUACCCUUGAAAAGCAAAGGGGCUGUUGUGCCAUUUGCCAGCUCAGGAACCAUGAAGAGAUAUAUGGUGUCCCAUUCCUGGCAGAUCCUGAAGAAGGAAUUGGGGCUGUACCAGCUCACCAUGGAUAUCAUUAGGAUGAACCGAGUGUGUAGAAUGUUCCGCCAAGGCCUCAGGGGACUUCGGGAAUAUCAGAUCAUUGAGACUGCUCACAGAAAGCACCCUAUCUUCUCUUUCUGGGAUAAAAAGAAACAAGGCCGAAUCACAUUUGAUACUAUGGACUUCAUUGGAGAGUCGGAGCACUUCCCUCCAAGGGCCAUUCAGAUCACGCAGAAGAAGCCCGCUUGGAGGACAGAGCGCGAGAUCCAGUCCCUCUGUAACCUCCUGCAGGUUCUGGAUAGUUACCAGAACUACUCGGAGCCCCUGCAGCUGCUCCUGGCCAAGGUCAUGCGCUUUGAACGGUUUGGUCGCAGGCGUGUGAUCAUCAGGAAGGGCCAGAGGGCCAACAGCUUUUAUUUCAUCUACCUGGGCACGGUGGCCGUGACCGAGGACGAAGAUGGCAGCAGUGCCUUCCUGGACCCCCACCCGAUGUUGCUGCAAAAGGGCAGCUCUUUUGGGGAAAUGGGCUUUCUAACUUCUUCAGUGAGGAGGGCCACCGUGGUCUGUAUGGAAGAAACAGAGUUCUUGGUUGUUGACAGAGAGGAUUUCCUUGCUAAUAAACUGGACCAAGAAGUUAAAAAGGAUGCUCAGCAUCGGUUUGAAUUUUUUAGGAAGAUGGAUCUGUUUCACUCCUGGUCCGAUGAGAAGCUCUGGAAGCUCGUAAUGCUGGGGAAGAUAGAGAAGUUCUCAUAUGGGCAGCUGAUCUCAAAGGACUUUGUAGAAUCGUCCUCCAUCGUGUUUGUGUGUAAGGGCAGCUGUGAAGUACUGCAGUUGAUAGACCUUGCGACCUCGCCCUUCUACCACAAGUGGGUCUGGCAGCACCUGCAGCUGAUAGACGACAGACCUCCAAACACCCACCUCAAGGAUCUGUCUCCUGUGGAGAGAUUUAAGGAAUUCCAGAUCAAGUCAUAUCCUGUACAGGAUUUUAGUUCUCUGAAACUUCUGCAUCUCCGGAAAGCCCAGGAGCAACAGGGAUCCAGCUUCAGUAGGAAGAUUAAAACCUCAGCAAAUACUCUCCCAAAGACCUUGGGCCCAAAGAUCAAAUCCAGGUGUCCUCAUUUCAUCGAGUGUCCCAUGAUUGAUACGAAGUAUGGUGCUCUCCCCAAGGAGGCUGCAGUGGGGGCCUACGUGAAGAUUCACACUGUGGAGCAAGGAGAAGUCUUGGGCCUUCACCAGAUCCUCCUCCCGGAGAGCCAGCGUGACACUCGGCCCUUGAUCCUGGUGAGCCUGGGAGCUGAGGUGAUACGGGUUAGGAAAGAGAAGUUUUGCGAACUGAUUGACAGUAAGACAAUAGAAAAAUUGUCGAAGUUCGAGAUCAAGUACCCCAGCGAUGAAGAUGUGUGCCAGAAGUUCCUCGAGGAGAACAGCUGGAAUGUCUUCCGGAAGGACCUGAUGCGGCUGCUGGUGGAGCCUCGCCAGUGUCCACCAUUCACCCCAGUCCAGCCCAAGAAGAAAGGGAUCUACAAGCCCAAGGCUGUGAUGCUGGAUUUGUGUAGCUUAGACAAGAAGACUAGACCUCGUCAUCCCAUUUUUAUGGCACCCCAGAAAUACCUCCCCCCAUUGAGGAUUGUCGAAACCAUUAUAGCACCCCGGUACAAAAUCCAAGAACUCCUGCCUCAGUAUAAGAAUGCAGGAGUCCUUGUUUAGAAUCAAUAAAAGAUGUUGGGUUGAC